AUGUCCCAGCCAACACAAGCCCAGUUGAAUCUAGCCGCUCUUGCGGGCUCUUCUUCGCCCCGGACGAUGCGAACUUUACGGAAGAUCCAAUCACAUCAGAUCCUUUCGUCGAAUCCUUCGGCGUUUAGCGGACCAACAUCACAUCUUUCCACUGCACGCUCGUCCGUCAACGCCGAGGCGUUGGCGCAACAGGCACAUUUGGAUUCCCCUGUUCGGCUGCGACACCGUCGGGCCAGGUCGAAUAGUGACGCUGGCUCUGGCGAACGACCCAUCUUACAGACUCAGAAACGAUCGGGGAGGAAGACAGGCUCGGGGUUUGGGAUCAAGAGAUCAGUCUUAGAGACGCUGUUACGGGAUGGGCCGCAGAAUGGGGACGUCGAGGAUGCACUGAAGGAGCUGAGAUACCUUGUCCUGUCGACAAGGGUGGAAGCAGAUGGUGAUGGCAUGUCGACAUACCGCGUUUACCUAUGGCUCACACUACUCGAUAUCCCUCCCCUGCCAACCGACGAAUACCUCUCACUCAUCCAUCGCGGUCGUUCGCCGGCCUAUACCAAGAUCCGCAACGACACAUUCCGCACCUUAGCAACCGACCCCUUGUUCAAGCGACGUGUCACCGAAGCCAGCCUGAUCCGACUACUCAACGCCACAGCAUGGAAGAUUCACGAUGCGAAGGCCAAAAAGCGACCAAAAUCGCGCCUAUCGACCUCCCGCAGGCGGGAAAUGGAACUUUUGAUCAACACGCCACCGAGCAUCGCAGAGGAGGAGCCUACAGACGACCAUGCCAACCUCAUGGCAACACCCAGCAGUGAAUCCAUCACCAGCGAGUCGGCGAUCUAUGUGCAGGGCAUGAACGUUCUCUGCGCGCCCUUUCUCUACGUGGCGCGCAGCGAAGUUGAGGCCUUUGCAUUGUUUCACUAUUUCAUUACCAGGGAAUGCCCAGGCUAUAUCCGCGGCGCCAUGGACGGCGUCCACCGGGGUCUGCGGCUGGUCGAUCGAUGCCUCGAGAUCGUCGAGCCCAAGCUCGCCGCCUAUCUCUUCUCCAAGGGGAUGCAAGCGGAGCUCUACGCCUUCCCAUCUGUUCUGACACUGUGCGCCUGCACGCCGCCACUGCCAGAAGUGCUCCACCUGUGGGAUUUCUUGUUCGCAUAUGGCCCACAUCUGAAUAUUCUAUGCAUCGUUGCGCAGCUGAUCCGGAUGAGGGAUACCAUUCUCGAUAGUCCAAGCCCAAACAAGAUCCUCCGGUCCUUCCCGCCGCUCGACGCAAAGGAGAUCAUUGCCCUGACUGUCCUCAUUGUCCGGAAGAUUCCUGAUGCUCUCUAUGCGGAGCUGAUCGAUCAUGCUAAAUAG